UGCUACAAAAAAGACUAAAUAAGUUACGUAUUAGAUUAUUGUCAACUCCUUUAUAAGUGACGAAAAAUAUUUAGUGUACGCUUAGCAACAUCUCAAGAUUUAUUUUAUCGGUAUUGAACUUGAUUAAGACUUUCCGAUCAAUUUAUCUGCAAAAACCAGCUGACAUGGCAGAGGAAUAGCCCGCUGUCAGUGUACGGUUCAUUGGGUCAGAAUGCUGUGUCUGAGGUAAAGGAAAUAAAGGACAAUGAAUGAAAGCCAGGGGGCCUGGGGUACAGGAGGGCAAUCACAGGGAAAUGGGAGAGGCUCAGGAACCUGGAACAGCAGUGGCAGCUGGAGAGGAGGAGGUGGGAGAGGAUGGAGAGGUGGAGGAGGUGGGAGAGGAUGGAGAGGUGGAGGAGGUGGCUGGAAGCGAAGACCUUGGCGAGGAGGAUAUGUCAACCCAAAAACAAACCAAACUGAAAGAGGGGGUGGAUCUCAGCAGCCACAAAUGACCCAAACAACCCUGAUUGAAAAGUGUCACUACAAAGGAUGGAGACUCUACUUUUCUGAAGGUUUCAUGGAAAGUUCUCCAUACGUGCAGAAAAUCCAGGCAUUUGAAAGUUACUUCUCGUCACGGAUUGAACUGUAUGACAAAGAUGAAAUUGAAAGGAAAGGCAGCAUUUUAGUGGACUAUAAAGACCUCAUUCAGGAUGAACAGCUGUCUUUGGCUCAGCCUAACUUAGCUACUGAGUUUAAAGACAUGCCGGAGAAGCUAUUGGAUUGUCUGGGUUUGGCCAUCCAUCAGGUGUUGACGAUGGAUCUGGAGAGACAUGCAGUAGAACUGCAGAGACAGGAAGGGUUGCCAAGUGGCACAGCAGCUGUUGUGAACAUACCCUACAUCAAUGCCAGAGUUUACAACUUCGAGCCGCUCACACCGCUGAAGAUGCUCAGGGCAAAUCUGUACGGGAAGUACGUAGCACUCAGAGGCACGGUCGUGAGGGUCAGCAACAUCAAACCGAUGUGCGUCAAGAUGGCCUUCGUCUGCAGUAACUGUGGCGACACACAGAGUUUUCAUUUGCCGGACGGCAAGUUCGCUACCCCCACCAAGUGUUUACAGCCGGGAUGCAGAAGCCGUUCAUUUACACCCAACAGAAGUUCACCUCUAACACUAACUGCGGAUUAUCAGACUAUAAAAGUUCAGGAGUUGAUAUCCGAUGAUCAGAGAGAAGCAGGACGAAUCCCUCGGACCAUCGAGUGUGAACUCACCCAGGACCUCGUAGACAGCAGUGUUCCAGGAGACACCGUCACCAUCACAGGGGUGGUUAAAGUGUCCAGUGAGGAAGGCUAUGGAAGGAACAAGAAGGACCGCUGCAUGUUCCUGCUGUUCCUCAAGGCGAACUCCAUCAGCAACUCCAAGGGGCAGAAGUCGAAGGAGGAGGCCGAACCGGAGAGUCAGGGGACCUCGGUGGAGUUUUCCCUCAAGGACCUGUACGCUAUCCAGGAGAUCCAAGCUCAGGGAGACCUCCUGAAGCUGAUCGUCCAUUCACUAUGUCCGGCCAUUUAUGGACAUCUGCUGGUGAAGGCAGGUUUGGUAUUGGCUCUUUUCGGGGGCUGUCAGAAGUACAUGGACGACAAAAACCGAAUUCCCAUCAGGGGAGACCCUCACAUUCUUGUGGUGGGGGACCCAGGUUUGGGAAAGAGCCAGAUGUUACAGUCGGUGUGUAACGUCGCCCCACGCGGCGUCUAUGUUUGUGGAAACACCACGACCACAUCUGGACUGACGGUGACUCUGUCCCGGGACUCUGCUUCUGGGGAUUAUGCUUUGGAGGCCGGGGCUUUGGUCUUGAGUGACCAAGGAAUCUGCUGCAUAGACGAGUUUGACAAGAUGGGCAGUCAGCACCAAGCCUUGCUUGAGGCCAUGGAGCAGCAGAGUAUCAGCCUGGCCAAAGCCGGCAUCGUGUGCUCCCUCCCGGCUCGCACGUCCAUCGUCGCGGCGGCCAACCCGGUGGGGGGCCACUACAACAAGGGAAAGACCGUCUCCGAGAACCUAAAGAUGGGGAGUGCCCUUCUGUCAAGGUUUGACCUGGUCUUCAUCCUACUCGAUACCCCCAAUGAGGACCAUGACCACAUGGUCUCAGACCACGUGAUUGCCAUGCGCUCAGGGAAAACUGGGGUCCGAGCUGGUGCCACAGUCAGCCGGAUUGGCACUCAAGAGUCAGAAAUUUCCAUAUUGGAGGCGGUCGGGGACAAACCCCUAUCAGAAAGUUUGAAGGUUGGUCCUAGGGAGAGUUUGGACCUAAUUCCUCACCAGCUCCUGAGGAAGUACAUUGGAUAUGCUAGACACUACGUUCACCCCAAGCUGUCUGCAGAAGCUGCGCAGAUACUUCAAGACUUCUACCUUGAGCUGCGCAGACAGAACCAGUCUGCAGACAGUACGCCCAUUACCACGCGGCAGUUGGAAUCGCUCAUACGGCUGACGGAGGCCAGAGCAAGACUAGAACUGCGGGAGGUAGCCACUAAAAGUGAUGCAGAAGAUGUUGUGGAGAUAAUGAAGCACAGCUUACUGGACACCUAUUCGGAUGAAUUCGGUAGAAUCGAUUUUGAUCGUUCUCAGCUGGGAUCUGGAAUGAGCAACAGGUCCCAGAAGAAGAAAUUUGUGACUGCUCUGAACAGGAUCGCCGAGCGCACUUACAAAACAGUGUUUGAAUACCAGCAGCUGCGGCAACUAGCCAUGGAGUUAAACAUACAGGUAGCUGAUUUUGAAGGUUUUAUCAGUGGCCUGAACGAACAAGGUUACCUCCUGAAAAAGGGACCAAAGACAUACCAGCUCCAGACAGUUUGAAUAAAAAUUAUUCAAAUGAUUGUUCUGUUUUUAUGCUAUUUCAAGUAUCAAAAUGUAACAUAUACUGUUGAUAUUGUAAAGGUUCUCUUAACUGUGGUUAAGAUACAAAAUAGCAUGAAUGAAUAGUCUGAAUUUAAUUUUUUAAAUUAUUUUACUGUGAAGUUACUUUUGUUUGCUACAUAUAUUAUAUCGUUACUUUAACUAAAAAAAAGAUUUAUAAAAUAAACUGAAUGCUGGGUUUGA